CUCUACUGGGAAGUACUCAGCAAACAUCUACCCGGACAAGUUCAACUGAGAAAAUGGGAAGCGGUGCUUCGAAAACAUUUCCUGUUCAUCAAUUUGAAGAGUAUGACGACACUGUAUGUGGGAAUAUCAACUGCAGCCCAUACAUUGCUUGUUCUGACAUCAGCUUGUUCAUGCAAAGUCAGCGAGAUAGGUUGUUGGCGUGUGAUCGGCGGGUCUUGCAGUGCUGCCUGUCGGUCAUCGCUGAAGAGUCGAGCUGGGUGUGGAGGCACGCGAGUCUCGAGGUGCAUGGGAGACAGCUUGCAGUGAUGUUUUACUCCGGCGACAGAGACAACAAGUAUGUUGUGUGUAUCAAUAAUGAUGGCAUAACAUCCCAGUGUGUCAGCCGAGGUCUACGUCUGAAACUGAGAGAUGGAUUCCGUUCAGUCUGGAACUGGAUUGGAAAUGCAGCGAGAAAGGUUGUCGGAGCUAUUGGUGGAGCCGGGAUGAAGAUGCUGACAUUCUGAGCCUACGCAGAUCCAUUGAGACAUCGGGGAAUUGUCCCACACCCAUUUUCAGCUGAACGAAGUAUUUUACAUUCAGAAAUAUGGAACUGAUCAGGCCUUGUACUGCCUACGUACACACCACUUGUUCAAAUGUUCUAGUUGGGAAUAAUGAAAAUAUACUCAAAAUAAACAUAUUAAAAC